CGGGCGGCCACCCCCCGCGGUUACUGGAAAGAUGACCACCCUCACCCGGCAGGAUCUCAACUUUGGACAAGUGGUUGCAGAUGUUCUCUCUGAGUUUCUUGAAGUGGCUGUUCAUCUCAUCCUUUAUGUUAGAGAAGUUUACCCCAUUGGGAUCUUUCAGAAGAGGAAAAAAUACAAUGUACCAGUCCAGAUGUCCUGUCAUCCAGAGCUGAAUCAGUACAUCCAGGACACGUUGCAUUGUGUGAAGCCACUGUUAGAGAAGAAUGACGUGGAGAAGGUGGUGGUAGUUAUCCUGGAUAAAGAGCACCAUCCAGUGGAGAGAUUUGUCUUUGAGAUCACUCAGCCACCUCUGCUUUCCAUCAGCUCGGACUCGCUGCUGUCUCACGUGGAGCAGUUGCUCCGUGCCUUCAUCCUGAAGAUUAGCGUGUGUGAUGCCGUGCUCGACAACAACCCCCCAGGCUGCACCUUCACUGUCCUGGUUCAUACACGGGAGGCUGCCACGCGAAACAUGGAGAAGAUCCAGGUGAUAAAGGAUUUCCCAUGGAUCCUGGCAGAUGAGCAGGAUGUGCACAUGCAUGACCCCCGGCUAAUCCCCCUGAAGACCAUGACCUCGGAUAUCUUAAAGAUGCAGCUUUAUGUAGAAGAAAGAGCCCACAAAGGUACCUGAUGCCGACUCUUCGCAUCAACUUCAACCUUGUCCAAGGCUCAGAUCUUCCAGAAGAAUCCAGUGUCUUCUAGGAGGACGCAGUGUAUCUUGUUGACGGGUGCUUCUUCAGUUGGCCUCCUGAGUGACUUAAUGUCCAUUGAGCAGCUCCCGAUGGCCAGGCUGCCUAUGGAUUUAAAGUGCUCUUACCGCUAUACAUAGGACUUGUGUGUGUGUAUAGACUGUUACAGCAAAUCCACAGAUGCAGUUUACAUUACAUCCCUCACACCAUGCAAGUGGGAAUCAGUACUUCUCUCUUGCUCUCUCUGAUCCUGAUUUAAGCCUUUAGAGGGCAGCUCAGUUGCAUAUUGGUACUUGUAUGUGAAUGUCCAUUUUGUGUAUGUACCUCUGAGCAUCCAGCUGGAUAACUUGGCCAUGUUCUGUUGGAAGCCUAAGCUCGUGUGACUUCACUGAACUUGCCAGACUUACAGCAGGGAUGAGUGGGGCCUUAUCUACAAUGUGUGUCCACUGUGAGUGAGUGAGCUGUAGCGUUGUCAAUAAAUACUGAGUGAGUUCCGCCA